CAGGACGUGGAAGACGAGCGCGACGUGACUGACUGUCCGUCCUGUUGUGGACUUAAAUUCAGGACAAGCUGCUUCAGGUCCACAUCUACAAUCACUCAGUGACCCUGUAGGUAGCAGCACUGCUCUGUGUGUGAGACACUACUCUCCAACCAACAUGCUGAACAAGAUGUUUGAAGCUCAGCUGCAUCAGGAUGCUUUCUUCUGGAAGAACAACACCUAUGUGGCCAAGAUUGCUUUUCUCCUCCAAGCUGCUCCAGACAAGAUGCUCACCUUUACUCAGUUGAGGUACUUAAUAACAACUCUCACCGGUGACAACAGAAUCACAGUUAGGGGCAACAUCAAUGUCUGCCUAAAUAUUCACCCAUGUUUUGUCAAGAUUCCAGUGGACCCAAGUGUAGUGCGCAGUCUAGUACUCAAAAAAUACGUCUGGACACUGGACACCAGUCAGGUCACAAUGAAGGUGCUGCGUCGUCACUUCAUAGGAAUCCUGCACCUCUUUCCUGAGUUGGCCUCCAAAGUGGAAACAGAAGAAAGGAAUGGAUCUUCAGAGGCCGACUCAGCUCCCCGCCAUCCUGAACCUGCAACCUGCAAAGCCGUUCAGAUCAGACGUGACGCCAAGUUCAGUGGUCCUUUCUCCAUCGAAUCCCUCCUGAAGAGAGACAGUCCCUGUGAUCGGCCCUCCAGACCUUCUCCGCUCUCCAGUGUGCCGGUCAGAGUGGAGCAACAGCCUCGGCUCACACACGGACAGGUCCGAACAAAGAGGCGCCUCAGCUGGGACAAAGAGGAAGCUGGAAGUUCUCCCAUCUGCUCAGCAGCUAAGACCAUGAAGAGGAUGCAUGUGUGCACAGAACCUUCAUAUCCCAUCUUCACAAAACCCGCUCCUCACUUUACUUACCCACAUGGUAUAUACAUCGUUUACCCUGGACCAGCAUUUACAUGAUGUCAUUUGUGGCUGUAUUGAGCUUCAGACCUGACCCAGCAUCUUUGUGGAGCACUUUUCUCCUUAAAUUCUCGUUAAACUUGUCUCCUCUUCUCAAUAAAUUGUUAUGAAAUGUUGACAAAGUGAUUGUGAGUGUUGUCAUUAACAAAGCAAACUACAAAACUACAAAAGCACCAUCAACCCCAACAAAAGCUAUCAAUGACAACAAUUUGUUCAGCAAAUGAUCACAGUAAACCUGCAGGUCUGGGUAAAAAUUAGAGUGACUAUAAUGAAUGAGGGAACAAAUACUGAAAUGAGGGUGAUUAAACAGAACAAUACUCCUUUACACAGGUUUGUUCAAGUACACAGCAUUUGUUAUCUGCCACACAUAAGAACUCAAUCACCACAGUUACUGCUUAUACAUAUUCAUCUGUUAACUUGUAUAGAUCUCUGAUUGUGACAAAUCUGCAUAACGAUGUUUGUUUACCCAUGUACCUAUAGUUACAUUUUUCAGAUCACUCUAGUUUAUUUUGAAAUUUCAACAGCUCGACUCAUAAAGCUUAGGUUGUCAGUGCUGCACUGCACAGUCUGAAAAAUUUAGUGCAAUUUCACAAAUCCUCUUCAUUAACAUGGAAUACACACCAUCUGACUCUUACAAAGCCUAAAAUCCUCUCAUUUCAGGUGUAAAUGACAUACUUAAAGCAUCUCUCUGUCAGCAGUAUAUCCAAGCAGUUGGUCAUAAUCUACUUUUAUAUACAAUAACACUAGAUAAGUUUUGUUAUCAGUGUGUAAUCUGUGACAGAUAUUUAGUCAUUUGAAUAUUUUUUAAAUGAAAUCAUGUAUUUACAGUUAGGCAGAUCCGCCAACUUUGUCAGGAGUCAAAAAUCUUGAAGUCAACAAUUUAAAAACUUCAUCAUUCAGUUCAACUUCAACUAAAUUUAAAAUUUUGCAAUACACAAGAAUAAAACAGUUUGAGUUUUGGUUUUUAAUAACUAUAGGCUACUAUAGAUUCUCCUACAAGCCAAAAAGGAAAGGAUAAAAUAUGAGAUAUUCAGCCGCAAUACACAACUUCACCAGUGGGUGUCGGUAAAUCCCACACACACUAUACUUUUAGGAGUAAAUUUAUAAAUCCAGUU